AUGCGCUUCACCGCCCUCUUCGCUCCCAUCGUCCUCGCUGCUGCCGUCUUCGCAGAAACGACUGUUUGCGGGUUUGACGCAACCGCUACGAACCCAGGCCUCGGCGGCAUCCUCGACAUUAUCAGCCAGCUCACUGGUAUCCUUGGCAUUCUGAACGGCUUGCCCUUGAUUGGCACGCUCCUCCCCGGCUUGAACCUUGGUGGCUUGUUGGGCACCCUCAACGCCAUGAAGGUUCCCAACAACCUCUGCGAGUUGAGUGGAGGAAUCGCAAUGGAGCCUGCUCUUGCUCUGCCUAAAUGGACUUACUUAAGCAGCCAUGGGCUUCCCGGUCCGGUUCCAAUUCGUCGACAAGGUGAUAUACGAAAAUCGAAAUAA